AUGCACAGAACAUACUCUUUGAGAUCACAAAAGGCACCAACUGCCGCUCAAUUGCAGUCGCCUCCACCUCCUCCAUCUUCUACCAAGUCAAGAUUCUUCGGUAAGGGCGGAAUUUCUUCGUCUUUUAAGAAGAACAUUGCUGGUGCCACUGGCCCACAAUUGCUGAGAAAAUUGUCUCAAUACAUCAAGAUGGAGAAGAAUGUGAUGAGAGCCAUUGAAUUGACCGCUAGAGAGCGUAGAGAAGUUGCCAAGCAGUUGUCUGUUUGGGGUGAGGAGAACGACGAGGAUGUCUCAGACGUGACCGACAAGUUGGGUGUUCUCAUCUAUGAGAUUGGUGAGUUAGAGGACCAGUACACCGACAAGUACGACCAAUACAGAAUUACCUUGAAGUCCAUCAGAAACAUCGAGUCUUCUGUUCAGCCAUCCAGAGACAGAAAGCAGAAGAUUACCGACGAGAUUGCACACUUGAAGUACAAGGACCCACAAUCUCCAAAGAUUCCUGUUUUGGAGCAGGAAUUGGUGAGAGCCGAAGCCGAAUCGUUGGUUGCUGAGGCCCAGUUAUCUAACAUCACAAGAGAGAAGUUAAAGGCUGCUUUCAACUACCAAUUCGAUGCUACCAGAGAGUUGGCCGAGAAGUACGCUCUCAUUGCUGGUUACGGUAAGGCUUUGUUGGAGUUGUUGGAUGACUCCGCUGUCACUCCUGGUGAGACUAGACCAGCCUACGAUGGAUACGAGGCCUCCAAGCAAAUUAUCAUUGACGCUGAGAACGCCUUGGCUGCUUGGACUCUCGACUCUGCUGCCGUCAAGCCAACUUUGUCCUUCCACCAGGAGGCCGAGGGUGAGCCUGAAGAGGGUGAGUUGUAUGAGGCUGAAGAGGAGUUCGCUAAGCACGACGACACCAACGGUGUUGCCGCCUAA